AUGCCACCCCAUCUCGAACCGAGAAGACAGUCCCGACAAGAGAGCCGCUCAUCAGGCUCGUCCCAUGAACGAGGUAGCUCAGCACCUCCUCCCUGGAACGACAGUCCCUGGGACGCGGAACCAGACGCUCUGGGAAGCUCGGCUUUACCUCGCCAACGCCCACGAGCACCGACGACAAGCGCUCCUGACUACUGGAAGGCCCUCCCCGAAGUUCCCUCGCGGUUUCGACUGGGUGAGGAUGAGCUUCCUUGGUCCGCUUCUUCAUGGCCUGGAGAAUAUGGCAUGCCCGAUGAUUCAGAAGUUGACGACUACUCAUCCGAACUGUCCAUGAAGUUUCGCGAUGUGUCCUUGGCGAAUGUCACACCAGCCCCUCGUCCUCGGGACAGAGAAGACCCCGGGAGGAAAUACGAAUUGGAAGCCCUUUCUGCAGCCAUGAUGACGGUCGACAAUGGCUUCGAAGACCAAUGGUGGUACCAGGGGGAGAGACAGCAGACGGCACCCUUGGCGGACGAGUUGCUCACACCCUCUGCAUAUGCAUCUGCUACUGCAACGACAGAAGCCGUGCCACAAACACCAGUUCAGUCGAACAACAGGCAGUCGGCAGGCUGGGCUGUUUCUGAACACGACGAUCCUCACAUGAGCUUGACCAGCGCCACCGUCUACAACCCGAGUGUUUUGGUUUCACCUAUGACGGAGUAUGCAAGCCCCCGCCUACAUCGGUCUUUGACCACAAGAUCUGAAGAGCUCUUUCUGUUCAACUGA